AUGGAAGAAGACCUUUGUGAUUUAGAAGACCUUAUUUAAGGUAAUGAAUUAGCCGACGAAUAUACUUAAAAUGUCCGUCUCAAACCAAACACAAUAAAAAAGCGCCCUAAAAAGUAACUAAAAUAAUCCGAAUAAAAAUAAGAUACAUUGGAACAUACAGCAGAUGAUUCCGAAAUAAAAUUUAAUUAAUCAACAAAUACAUAAUAAAACACAAUUAUCCCUGGAAUAUAAAAUGUGUAUGUAAAAACAUUCGGAUGUUCCCAUAAUAUAAGCGAUAGUGAAUUUAUGAUGGGAUAAUUAGCCGAAUAUGGUUAUAAUUUAGUUGAAAAUGAAAAAGAAGCUGAUAUUAUUCUCGUAAAUUCCUGUACUGUAAAAAAUCCUUCACAAGAUGCUUUCAUGACAGUGGUAAAAUCUGCAAAACAGCAAAAUAAGCAUAUUGUAGUAGCUGGUUGUGUCCCAUAAGGAGAUAGAAAUAUCCCCGGACUAGAAGACGUUAGUGUGAUCGGAAUUAGUUAAAUUGAUAGAGUAGUAGAAGUCAUUGAAGAAACCUUAAAAGGAAAUACAGUUCGUUUAUUAGGAAAAAAGGCAUUACCAUCGUUAGAUUUACCGAAAAUCAGAAAAAACAAUCUUAUAGAAAUUAUUCCAAUAAACACAGGAUGUCUAGGUAGUUGUACGUAUUGUAAAACCAAACAUGCUCGAGGAAAACUAGGAAGUUAUACACUAGAAGCCAUAUUGGCUCGAUGUGAAUAAGUAUGUGAAGAAGGCGUGAAGGAAAUAUGGUUAACAAGUGAAGAUACAGGAGCUUAUGGUCGAGAUAUAGGAACUGAUAUAUCGGAAUUAUUAAAACAUUUAGUAGAAAAAUUACCUAAUGAUGUCAUGUUGAGAAUAGGAAUGACAAAUCCUCCUUAUAUUUUAGAACAUAUGGAAAAUAUAUCAUUAAUAUUAAACCAUCCGAGAGUAUUUAGCUUCUUACAUAUACCAGUUUAAGCAGGUAAUAAUACAGUAUUAGAAAAUAUGAAUAGAGAAUAUACUAGAGAAGAAUUUGAAUAUGUAUGCGAUUAUUUGAAAAAAAAUGUACCAAAUGUUACACUUGCAACCGAUAUUAUUUGUGGUUUUCCUUCAGAAACAAAUGCUUAAUUUGAAGAAACAAUUUCUUUGGUCAAAAAAUAUGAGUUUCCGAUUAUUAAUAUAAGUUAAUUUUAUCCAAGACCAGGUACUGCGGCUAUGAAAAUGAAAAAAGUACCAUCUAUAGAUGUUAAAAGUAGAUCUAAAAAAAUAACUGAAGUUUUCGAAAGUUUCCAUAGAUGGGAUUAUUUAGUUGGAAGUAUUUAAAAAGUAUGGAUUAAUGAUAAAGAAGAAAAAAAAGGAAGAUAAUUUUAACUUGUUGGGCAUACUAAAUAAUAUGCCAAAGUAUUAUUGCCUUAUAAUGAGGAACUUUUAGGUUAAUCAGUACUUUUCAAAGUUGAAAAAGCUCUCAUGUGGCAUAUUGAAGGAACUAUUUUGGAAAUUAAUCCCAAAGAUUAGGUUUAGGUUGGGAAUGAUUAUUUUAAUAAAUAUGUUAAGAUUGAAAAAUCGAAGUUAGAAGAUAAAGUUAAAAUUAUAAUCUAAUAAUAGAUUUAAGAAGAGCUAGAACUAGAGUAAUAAAAUGCAACUAGAAGUCGGUAAAAUAAUAAUAAUGAAAAAUCUUUUAUUAAGUAAUAUGGAGUUUUUAUUAUAGCUUUUUAUUUAAUUCUUUGUGGAAUUUUAUAAAUGUAUUUUUUGUGA